AUGCGACCUCGACACCACCCUGCAAGUCUGACAGGUUGGAUCCCCAACAUCAGCGAUAUCGUUCCUGGUCAACCGCGGUUCGACACUCUGAUAACUACCGUCAAGGAUCUUCAACAAGAAUUAUCUACCGGGGACUUGACGAGCGUUGAUAUAGUAAAAGAGUACUAUCACUCUAUACUUUCUUAUAAUGGAUAUCUCAACGCGGUUUAUGAGCUUGCACCUGGGGCGCUCGAGCAGGCGGAGAAAUUAGACAAGAUGCGUGAACAAGGGCAGAUAUUAGGUCACCUCCACGGUAUUCCUGUACUACUGAAAGACAAUAUCGCGACUUCGCCUGAUCUUAAAAUGGGCACACGAGCAAGUGCUGUGGCUCUUGUUGGCUCUGUUCCUAAGACCAAUGCAUCGAUAGUUGAUAAGCUUACAAAAGCCGGUGCUAUCAUUCUGGGGAAAACAACCAUGUCGGAAUAUGCCUACGUGAAAGGGGAAGGUAUCCGCUGCGGUUGGUCUACUUUAGCAGGACAAUGCAAUAAUCCGUACGUGAAGGGAGGAGACGAUCCAACCGACGGCUUGGGAGGUCACAGCAGUACCGGAGGCUCAUCAUCGGGCUCAGCAGUCUCAGUAGCAGCCGGACUAGCCCCAAUCUCAAUUGGAACGGAAACGGAGGGCUUUCUAGUUGAACCAGCCACUCGGGCAGCAUUAUACACACUAAAGCCAACUUUGGGCAUAGUUCCUGGCGAUGGCAUCAUUCCGAUCAGUCAUCGAUUGGACACCGCUGGACCUAUGGCAAAGAGCGUUCAUGAUCUUGCUAGUCUCUUGACUGUCAUUGUGGAUGAAUCAAAGACAAAUAUCCUGGAAGGGGGUUAUGCAUCUGCUCUUAGCGGAGCGGAGGCAUGGAAAGAAUUUACAAUCGGGACUCUGAGUCCAGAUGAUUGUUUGCCUUCGGAUGAAUUCAUUAAGCCAGUGGAUGAAGCUACAGAGGAAAUUCGUCGACAAACCCUAGCGGCAUAUGGAAAGAUUCAAGAAUUGGCUAAAGGCUACCACGAGAAUGUUGGUCUGCGCUCCGACAAGGACUUUGACUUUGAAGGCCAGGAUGCAUUAUUCUCUCUGAUGAUGGCUGAUCUCGAAAACGACAUGAAUAAUUAUCUCUCUGGUCUCGAGAAAUCCGACGUCAAAUCGCUCAAGGAGAUAGUUGAAUGGAACCUGCAACAUGCAAAUGAAGCAUUACCUCCAGAAUAUCCCAGUCAGUCGAUCCUCGAGAAAGCCGUGGCAGAGAAGUUUUCAGCCGAGAGGGUUGAAAAGAUUGUCAACCAUAUUCGAACGGUUGGCUCCAGUUUCGAUGAAACGAUCAAAAAUUACGGGUUGGAUUUUAUAAUAGCACCAGGAGACUCUGGUUUGAGUGUAUUUUCUGCAGCUUUGGGGAUUCCAAUUGCCACUUUACCUAUCGCCUGUCUCCAAUACAAUGGCCGACCAACAUCUCUCCAAGUUGCAGCUCCACGCCAUCAGGAAGCUAAAUUGAUCAAGUUGAUGAGUGCUUUUGAGGCCACUUUUCCUCCUAGGAAACCACCUACUGAGUUCUUAGAUCACCGGGCUCGUGUGAAAGUGCCCAGGCCAAUAUAUCUUAUUGGGUAG